CGCGGCUCGCCGCAGCCCGAGCACCCUCCUCCGCCCACGCCCCGGCGUCCUCCUCCUCCGGCCAGUAUGUGAAGCGGCGCGCUCCGGCUCGGACUCGGCUGCAACUUUGCGGGCGGCAGCGGAGGCGUCGGGCGCGGGGCAGCGCGCUCGUUCCCCCCUCCACCCCCCCUCCCGGCCCCGGGUCCCUCCGGCCACCAUGAGCGACGAGAGCGCCAGGGACGCGGACAAGCAGCUCCGCCUGCGCGUGUGCGUGCUCAGCGAGCUGCAGAAGACCGAGCGCGACUACGUGGGCACCCUGGAGUUCCUGGUGUCGGCCUUCUUGCAUCGAAUGAACCAGUGUGCAGCAGCAAAGCUUGACAAAAAUGUGACGGAGGAAACAGUGAAGAUGUUAUUCUCCAAUAUUGAGGAGAUCCUUGCCGUACACAGAGAAUUCUUGAAAGUUGUGGAAGAAUGCUUGCAUCCUGAACCCAAUGCUCAGCAGGAAGUAGGAACCUGCUUCCUUCACUUUAAAGACAAGUUUCGUAUCUAUGAUGAAUAUUGCAGCAACCACGAAAAGGCACAAAAAUUGCUUCUUGAACUGAACAAAAUAAGAACAAUCCGGACGUUUCUUUUGAACUGCAUGCUGCUUGGAGGACGGAAGAACACAGACGUUCCCCUGGAAGGAUACUUAGUGACUCCUAUCCAGAGAAUAUGCAAGUACCCUCUUCUUUUGAAGGAAUUACUGAAGAGGACCCCACGGAAACACAGUGACUACGCAGCAGUGAUGGAAGCCCUCCAGGCCAUGAAGGCGGUUUGUUCCAACAUUAAUGAGGCUAAGAGACAGAUGGAGAAACUGGAAGUUUUAGAAGAGUGGCAGUCACACAUCGAAGGCUGGGAGGGGUCCAGCAUUACUGACACCUGCACGGAGAUGCUGAUGUGUGGAAUCCUGAUGAAAAUUUCUUCUGGAAAUAUUCAAGAGCGGGUGUUUUUUCUUUUCGAUAAUCUUUUGGUAUACUGCAAAAGAAAACACAGACGGCUGAAGAACAGUAAGGCCUCCACAGAUGGACACCGGUACAUCUUUCGAGGUCGGAUCAAUACCGAGGUGAUGGAAGUGGAAAAUGUGGAUGAUGGCACAGCUGACUUUCACAGCAGUGGGCACAUUGUUGUGAAUGGGUGGAAGAUUCACAACACAGCAAAAAAUAAAUGGUUUGUUUGCAUGGCCAAAAGCCCCGAAGAAAAGCACGAAUGGUUUGAAGCUAUUUUGAAAGAAAGAGAACGCCGGAAAGGUUUGAAAUUAGGAAUGGAACAAGACACCUGGGUAAUGAUCUCUGAGCAGGGUGAGAAACUGUAUAAAAUGAUGUGCAAACAGGGAAAUCUGAUCAAAGACAGAAAAAGGAAACUGACUACAUUCCCUAAAUGCUUCCUGGGAAGUGAGUUUGUGUCAUGGCUGCUGGAAAUUGGAGAGAUUCAUAGGCCUGAAGAAGGAGUUCACCUUGGACAAGCCUUGUUAGAUAAUGGGAUCAUCCACCAUGUUACCGAUAAGCAUCAGUUCAAGCCAGAGCAAAUGCUGUACCGAUUCCGCUAUGACGAUGGUACAUUUUACCCGAGGAGUGAGAUGCAAGAUGUGACCUCAAAGGGUGUAAGACUGUAUUGUCGUCUUCAUAGCCUCUUUACCCCAGUGGUCAGAGAUAAGGAUUACCAUUUGAGAACCUACAAGUCUGUCGUCAUGGCCAACAAAUUGAUAGACUGGUUAAUUGCACAGGGUGAUUGCCGUACCAGGGAAGAGGCAAUGAUAUUCGCUGUCGGACUCUGUGACAAUGGAUUUAUGCACCAUGUCCUUGAAAAGAGUGAAUUCAAAGAUGAGCCUCUACUUUUCCGCUUUUUUGCCGAUGAGGAAAUGGAAGGAUCAAAUAUGAAACACAGGCUUAUGAAACACGACUUGAAGGUUGUGGAGAAUGUCAUAGCUAAGUCGCUGUUGAUUAAAUCCAAUGAAGGCAGCUACGGCUUUGGGCUGGAAGAUAAAAAUAAAGUGCCAAUAAUAAAGUCAGUGGAAAAGGGGUCUAAUGCUGAGAUGGCUGGCAUGGAAGUUGGGAAGAAGAUUUUUGCUAUUAAUGGUGACCUGGUUUUCCUGAGACCUUUCCAUGAAGUCGAUUGCUUCCUCAAAUCGUGCUUAAAUAGCAGAAAGCCGCUGAGAGUCCUAGUGAGCACAAAGCCAAGAGAGACAGUCAAGAUCCCAGAUUCUGCGGAUGGGCUUGGGUUCCAGAUCAGAGGCUUCGGCCCUUCUGUUGUGCAUGCGGUGGGAAGAGGUACCGUGGCUGCAGCAGCUGGCCUUCACCCAGGACAGUGUAUUAUCAAAGUAAAUGGAAUCAAUGUCAGCAAAGAGACACAUGCCAGUGUCAUCGCACACGUGACAGCCUGCCGGAAAUACAAGCGUCCAAUGAAGCAAGAUUCCAUACAGUGGGUUUAUGAUAGCCUUGAGAGUGCUCAGGAAGACCUCCAGAAGUCCCACUCAAAGCCCCAUGGAGACGAGGCAGGGGAUGCUUUUGACUGCAAAGUAGAAGAAGUCAUCGACAAGUUCAGCACCAUGGCCAUCCUGGACGGCAAGAAGGAGCACGUGAGCCUGACGGUGGACAACGUCCACCUGGAGUACGGGGUUGUGUAUGAGUACGACAGCACGGCGGGCACUAAGUGCAACGUUGUCGAGAAGAUGGUGGAGCCCAAAGGGUUCUUCACCCUCACUGCCAAGAUUCUGGAAGCCCUAGCCAAAAGUGAUGAGGGUUUCGCACAAAACUGCACCAGCCUUAAUUCUUUGAAUGAAGUGAUAGCUGCUGACCUUCAGAGUAAAUUCAGCACCAUGUGCAGUGAAAGGAUCGAACACGUACACCACAGGAUAUCCAGCUACAGAAAGUUCUCCCGAGUGCUGAAGAACAGAGCCUGGCCCACCUUUAAGCAGGCCAAACCUAAGAUCUCCCCACUGCACAGCAGUGAUUUCUGCCCGACCAACUGCCAUGUCAAUGUGAUGGAAGUUUCUUACCCUAAAACAUCAACUUCCCUGGGGAGUGCCUUUGGAGUGCAGCUGGAUAGUAGGAAACAUAGUCAUCAUGAUAAAGAAAGUAAAUCUGUAGAGCCAGGGAAACUGAACCCCAUGGUGUAUAUUCAACACACAAUCACAACCAUGGCGGCCCCUUCCGGCCUGUCAUUGGGACACAAAGAUGGCCAUGGCCUCCGAUACUUGUUGAAAGAAGAAGACUUAAAAACUCAGGACAUCUAUCAGAAGCACCUGGGCAAGCUCCAGGCUGCAAUGAAGGAGGUGGAGAUAUGUGUUUGUCAAAUCGAUGACCUUCUGUCAUCAAUAACAUAUUCUCCCAAACUGGAGCGCAAGACAGCAGAGUGUGUGACAGCAACAGACAGCGACAAUGAGAAGGGAGAGAGAAAUAGCAAACGUGUCUGUUUCAAUGUAGCAGGAGAUGAGCAAGAGGAUUCGGGUCACGACACAGUCAGCAACAGAGACUCUUACAGCGACUGCAACAGCAACAGGAAUUCCAUUGCCUCCUUCACGAGUAUCUGUAGCAGCCAGUGCAGUUCCUACUUCCACAGUGACGAGAUGGACUCAGGCGAUGAGCUUCCUGUCAGUGUCCGAAUAUCUCGUGAUAAACAGGAUAAGAUACACACUUGUCUGGAGCAGCUUUUCAGCCAGAUGGAUUCAAUAACCAACCUCUUGAAAGGACAAGCUGUUGUAAGGGUGUUUGAACAAACCAAGUAUUUCACACCAGGUCGAGGAUUGCAAGAAUUCCAACAGGAAAUGGAGGCCAAGCUCAGCUGCCCCAGGAGGUUGAGGCUUCACCUCAAGCAGGAUCCUUGGAACCUUCCCAGCGGCGUCCGGGCCCUUGCACAGAGCAUCCGAAAAUGUGUUGAAGAGGUGAAGUGUCGGAUCCUGCUGGCUCUCCUUGAAUACUCAGAUAGUGAAACCCAGCUCCGGAGAGACAUGGUUUUCUGCCAGAGUCUCGUGGCGACUGUCUGUGCCUUCUCUGAGCAGCUCAUGGCUGCCCUAAACCAGAUGUUUGACAACAGCAAGGAAAAUGAAAUGGAGACUUGGGAAGCCAGCAGAAGGUGGCUGGACCAGAUUGCGAAUGCAGGUGUUCUUUUUCACUUCCAGUCACUUCUCUCACCAAAUCUGAAAGAUGAACAAGCCAUGCUAGAGGAUACGCUGGUUGCUCUGUUUGACUUGGAGAAAGUCUCCUUCUUUUUCAGACCGUCAGAAGAGGAGCCGCUGGUAGCAAAUGUACCUCUUAUGUACCAGGUGGAAGGAAGCCGGCAGGCUCUGAAAGUUUACUUCUAUAUUGAUACUUACCAUUUUGAGCAACUGCCCCAACGACUGAAGAAUGGAGGAGGGUUUAAAAUUCAUCCUGUUCUCUUUUCCCAAGCAUUGGAGAGCAUGGAAGGAUAUUUCUAUAGAGACAACAUUUCCGUGGAAGAGUUUCAAGCGCAGAUAAACACAGCCUCCCUGGAAAAGGUCAAACAGUACAAUCAGAAGCUCAGGGCAUUCUACUUGGACAAGUCAAAUUCACCGCCAAAUGCCACCUCCAAGGCUGCCUACAUAGAUAAGCUCAUGAGGCCCCUCAAUGCUUUAGAUGAACUUUACCGGCUGGUCACGUCGUUCAUCAGAUCUAAGCGCAUCGCCGCCUGCGUGAACACGCCUUGCAGCGCCUCUGGAGUUGGGCUGCUGUCGGUGUCCUCGGAGCUGUGCGACAGGCUCGGCGCCUGUCACAUCAUCAUGUGCAGCAGUGGUGUGCACCGGUGCACCCUGAGCGUGACCCUGGAGCAGGCCAUCAUUUUAGCCAGGAGCCACGGGCUGCCUCCUCGGUACAUUAUGCAGGCCACUGACGUGAUGAGGAAGCAGGGUGCAAGAGUUCAGAACACAGCUAAGAACUUGGGGGUUAGAGACCGGACUCCUCAGUCAGCUCCAAGACUCUACAAGCUGUGUGAACCACCACCCCCAGUUGGAGAAGAAUAAGCACUCAAAAGAGUCACCCAGACAGAAGCUUCCAAAAGCUGACCAAGUCAACAUUCUCCACUGAAGAUAAAGAAAUACAGAUCUAAGAUGUAACCAUUCCCAUGGUGUAAAUAACUGAAGUUUGGUUCCUCCUUGGAUAUUCAUGUUGGAACCAGCAGUUCAUUCAGACAGUUCAGCCCCACACUAUGUGUAUUAGCAUUACAGAUUCAUCCUGGGGUAAAAUUCACUGCUCAAAUUUAUAGAAAAAUAGACAGAGGUAAAGGUUUAACUAUUUUGGUCCUUUUCUCAUUCAUUAAUUGUACUGUAUUUGUUUUUAACUUUCCCAGUGGACACAUGUAAUAGUGAUAGUUUUUCUUGAAGGAGGCUGUCACUAGAAACGACGGCCACACUCUGGAAACCAUCAUACAGAAAUGUCAAGGACAGUGUAGGUGGGUAGGUGCCUCAUCUCCCUCCCACACCACAGAUGUGCACGUGUGCGAGGCAGGAAGUCCAUGCUUCCCUUUCUUCUAGGGCUUCAUAGCAGUGAAGAAAGCUGUGAGGUCUUAGCAAGACUUCCUUCACUGUCGUCAAGUUUACUCUCUGCGCAUGAAAACACUCCAGCAGGCAGGUGCUUUUCGUGAUCUCUGCAAUGAGCCAUGAAUACUGGGCAAUGUACCAUUGAUGGUUGCGAGUAAGGAGUUGCCAGGGUUGGAAAAGUGAGAGGAGUGAGCAAGAAAGGAACAACAACAACAACAAAAACCAACAACAGAAACAAAACAACAACAACAACAACAACAAAAACAAGCCUAUUUGAAAAUCCAACCUUUAAUGGAGAAAGAUAAACUCUCGAUUUUAUGAAAUCUUCUGAUAAAAUAUCAGACCCUUAAAAUAAUACACCACCACGGGUAUUUUUUUAUCAAGGUAUAUGUGUAAGAUGUGAAAAUAGAUGUAUUUGUUGUGCUUCAAUGGGCCACUAGGAAAGAAUAUUGAUAAUUUAUGGAACCAAGGUAUAGCCUGUAUUCAUUCUAAAUGUCCAAUGUUUAUUACUUAUGUGUUGAUAUACAAACAUUGUAUUUAGCACCGCAAAUAGAUUAAUAUUGGUUUUAAAUAUAUAAUUUUAAAAGAAAUGAGAACAUCCUUACUGUGAUUAUGCUAGAGUCAUGCUUUGUGUAGUGAUAAGGAUAAAUUGUGCCUUCAGGCGAUAUUAUCAUUGUAUAGACGUCAUGGAGUGCACGAGCUAAGAUGACUAUAGCCUCAUUAGAUGGCAUGACCUAUGGAACCAUCUCCUAUAGGCUGACCAUCACUGACCCAACCCCAGUGUGCAGCACAGGACUCUGUAUGGAUAUAUGUUAAGAACAUGAAUUCCUUACCAUAACUACAGUUUUGGGAGAACAUUAGUCUUUAUAAAUCUCAUUAUGACUUCCAAACAACCAUUAAAAGCCAUCUUUACUGCCAGUGAUAUAUUGAAUUUAAAAGUGUGUUACAAAGGUAUGGGAUAUAUGUUUCCUACUAGUUAAGGUAAAAAUUAUUUGGCACAGAGCACUUGAGAUUGUUUUCAGUCAGUCUGUAUGUGACUAAUCAUAGGGAAAGUAACAUCAGUUUCUAAAGAAAAUCCUUAGCAUUUUGAACUUAAUAACGAUAUGACAUAUACUUGCAUAUUUUUAUGACAUGCAUUCAUAAAUUUCAGGAAAUUAACAUUUUUGCUACCAUCAGCACACAAACGUGAUGCUCUGGUAAUUCAGGCGGCCUCUCUGAAAGUCUUGAGAGUAAGGAGAACCAACUGACUGAAUGAUUGAAUGACCGACUGACCGACUGACUGACUCACCGAGUAAACAGACCAUUCAUGCUGCUUCACUGUUCUCCAUUCCCCAUCCUGGCAGGAAGUCACCAUAGAGGCAUGGAAGGGCUACAGAUCGUGGGUACAUCUCAUAGAGUGUAUUAUCUGCUUUUGCAGUAUUUAUAAGUUAGUGUAUUUUAAGGAUCCACUCUCUAUAACAGAAUGUAACUUUCUGAUUAAUGUUAUUUUUUGAGUUAAACAUACUAUCUGUGUACACAGCACUUACUAACUUUAAACAUUUGCUGGUGGUUUAUAGUAACACCAGUGACUGUAAUUCUCAUCAUAAUAAAGUCAUAGCUGACCUGGUUUAGUGUGUACUAAAUGGCAUCUCUGAUUGCUUAGCCCACAUUUUGCUCUUCCUUCUUCACAUAGCCUCACAGCAGUGAUGAAAGAUGUUUUGUCACCUACACUUCAUAGUUGAGCUGAAGCAGAGACUAAUACAGUAACUUGUGCAAGCUCAAUUGGCAAGCAUGAGCAUGGGGGAGUCAGAGAUGAACACCCACCUUUAUGAAUCGCACUGCUUUUCUUUAUUAGUGUGAGAGCCAUUGUAAUAUCAAUGAUUAUUCUCCUGCUAAGACCGGGGCUUUAUGACAUGUGUUGUCAUUUGAUUAUACAAACUAUAUUGCAAAAUCAAGUGGGAACAUGCAAAAUACCUUUCAGCUACAGGGUCUUGUGGGCAUUUCCCAUUCAUAACUGAAGAGGCCACACAUGUAUUGCAAGCCAGGAGUAGGACGGUAUAUAAAAUUUGACUAUAAUUCCAAAACAGUGGUAACACUUAAUAAUUUCUGAUCAAUGAGCGGUCGUUUUUCAAUGCUAUGUUACAUACCUCCCUUUGACAUUGGGAUUUUAGGCCACUCUUGCUUUCAUGUUGCGCUGUCCUCUGUAGCCAGUGGUUAUUGACAAGCCCCUGAAAAAGCCUGCUUACCGUUCUUCCAACUUCUGGAUGUGGACAUGGGCUACCGUUUACCCCACUGAGAUAUUUCAGAUCUUAUCAUGGGACCUGAAUCGUAUCUACUAUCUUACAGGUUCUUCUCAUUGUUUUCUAACAUUACAAAAUUUAAUUUUGUAAAAAAAAAAAAAAGUGAAGAUUUGAGGACUGAAAAUUCAUGUAUUUCUUAUCUAGAGAGAAAGAUAGAGGAUGAGAACUGUGGUCUAGGUUUCUUUGGCAGGGAAAUGCAAUGCUGAGUUUCUCCCGUAAACCAGGAUCCGCGUCUGUAGGCUCAUGGGGCUUGCUUUCUGGUGUUUUCCAGCUGUCAUCAAUUCCCUGUGUAUUAAUUGGCUGCUCUUCUUGAAGAACGAUGUCCAAUUAAAAAGGAAGAUAGGCCUUGGAACAUGGCACGGUGGUUGAGCACUUGCCUAGCACAUGUGAAGUCAUAUGUUAAACCAUGUUGGCUUUCCUUUAAGCCAACAGUGGCUCACACCUCUAAUCCCAGUGGUUGGGGGAGACUGAGGCAGUAGGAUUGCCAGAUGUUCAAGGGCAUCCUGGGCUACAUACUGAAUGUGAGACCAGUCUGAACUACAGUGUGAGACAGUGUAUGUAUGCUGCAGUGCAUGCUGCGUGGAAAUGGCACUAUUUCUGGCUCUAUUGAUUUUAACUCUGAAUUGUUCAAUUCUGAAUGAAAUGAAGUUGACCCUGUGCUAACUUUAACAGUGCAGAGAUCAAUGAGAAACAAACCCAAGAGCCGGCAUUAAUUAGCUAACUUAAGCAAACAAACAAUGUCCUGUCCUGAGCACAGACUUUACAGGCAAGGUAUCUACUUUUUGGAAGCUUUGGGUUGAGAAUAGGUUUUUCCAUGGAUUUAAAGAAAGUGCAAGUCUAUCUCAAACUGUCAAGCAUUCAUUCUUACCCAAAUCUAAGCAGCCGUAGUCGCACAUUAAACGAAUCACCACACCUUAGCAGGUGUUUUCUCAUCCUUUUGAGUCUUUAUAAAAUCAGAAUAUUAGAAAUUCAAAGGAAUAACUCCUUUGUCCUUUUAAAAUUUUUUGAAAAUGAUUCUUGACUUUCUACACUAGUGAUAUGACAGUCAAACUACUGAAGCUUAAUGUUUGGCUGGCCUGCUCCUGAGUUUUAGGAAACUUUAACUUUUAAAGUUUUCUUUUUAUGUGAUUUUUUUUUUCCUCUGCCACACUGUAGCCUAAUGAUUCUUCCUUAGCCAUUUAUAAUUUCAUUAACACACAUACAUUCCAGUUACAUAAAACAUCAUGCUUUUGUGGGUCUGGAGUUUUGGGGAGCACCUGAUGAAAAAUCUUUACUCUGAAGAAGAGGUGGGGAAAAUGUAAGUGGCAUUUUUACCAAGAAUGGCCUCUGCGUGUUAAUUUUACAAAAUGGCCACCAUUUUACUAGGUGCUGCAUUUCCAUGCUGGGCGUAGUGGUUAUGGAAUCACUCAAUACCUUAAUGAUCUGCUGUCAUCAGUGUUGUUAGCAUUCAUGUUGCGGAGCACCACCUGGCAUGUGUGUGAAUCUCUUAGUUGUGACCUAGUGGGAAGUCGGCCUCACUCAGAGCAGUUUAUUCUGUCCCUGGGAGAGAUGACUAAGUCUGCUAAAUGAUAUACAGAUACGUGUAUGUGUGUGUGCUUAUAUAUCAUAUCAACUACUUUUUAUUUUUGUCAAAAUUAAUUAUAAAAAUUAGAUUUCAGUGUCUUAGUUGCAUGAAAAUAUGAAAUGGAGUUUAUGAUGGAUGCUAUGAUGUCUGCUGUAGACAUCAGUAUUGUCUAGUACUGUAGUUGUACCUGGUUGGGUGUCUUUGGCUCACUGAUGUUCAUUUGCUAUUUGUAUGAGCCAACUGUUUUGUUUUCUGUCGUCACUGUGGCAACUUAGCUGAGAUAAUUGGCUUACAAAGAAAAAAGUUGUUUUGGGGUUUUUUUGUUUGUUUGUUUUUGUUUUUUUUGGCUCAUAGUAGUGGAGGUUCUAGUCCACAAUCAAUUGAACCCUGACAGGAGAGGAUAGAACAACUACUUUGCUCAGCAUCCACAUCUCAAAGAUGAGUAAAAGACUUUGGCCCCACAGUCUUUCAAAGGCAGCGCUGCCUCCCACAGACACAGGAACCCCCUAUGGGCCUUUCCCUGGACAUUUCACCGCCUUCCAAGAGCACCAUGCUGGAGAUUGUGUCCUUAGCACAGGGACGUCUGAGUGACACACCAGGCUCCAGACUGAAUCACUAUCCAGUCAAACUGAAAUCUACUUACCUGAAAUUUUAAAUGAUAGUUACUAGAAAUACUGGUAAUACCAGAAAUAACAUAGAUUGGGUAGUUAAUUUUAAGUGCAGACGAUGAUAACUAUUAUCCACUCAUAUAGUCAUUCAAUAGAUGUUUUAAAAAUCAAUUAUAAAGGCCUAACCAGAGUUGAGUGUAUUGGAUGUAUUUAAUUUUGUAAAAAUAUCAUCAUAGGACCUCUGUAUCCCUAUGUAUACAAAGGUCACUUGUAUCUUUUACAUAAAAAUUAUAUUAUUCAUAAGGUAAAUCUAUUCUAAUGCCAUGUGUGUAUUAUAUACUAUAUAGUCAAGAAUAUUAAGUUGUUGAAAUAUUUAGAAAGCAUACAUUUGAAUUUAAAUGUCUAAUGCCUCAAGCAAAUAUAUUAGUUUCAGAAGAAUAUAUAUUUUUGUAACUGCAAGACUAUUAGUAGCCCAUAGCCUUUGCUUAAAAAUAUUUUUGUAAGCAUUCACUUACACAGUACUCAUUUUAAUAGUAAAAUAUCACACUGAUUCUCUAAAAGUAACUGUUUUGACUGUCUGUAUUUAAUAUUAUAUAACAUCCAAAAUUCAAUGAUGAAAUUUAUCUAAAUGUAUUAUUAGCCUUUUUUUCUUUUGUAAAAUACCCAUGUAACAUAGUCUCAAUCAUUACAUAUUUUGUGUAUGGUUAAAUUUGUUAAAGUUCAUUAUAUAUUUUAUAUCAUUUAUUUUUGCCCGUGUAAAAGAUUGGUAUAAUAAUGUUGUAUGAUGAGUGUCAA